AUGGAGACCUUCCACUACGCACACUUCCCGCCAGAGCUCUCGCAUGUCCACAUCGCCCUCUUCACUAACGUCGCCAACGCCGCCCAGCUCCGCGCCCGCAUCGUCGAGGCCAGCCUCGCGCAGGGCCCCGACGCCGACGCCCAGCGCGCCGCCGUCAACUUCGCCUUCAUCGACGCUAGCCUCAUCUGCAGCGUAUUGCACCUGCAGACUGCCGUCGUCGCAGCAAUUCUCGCCCAGGUGCAGGGCACGCUGCGCACCAAGACCGUGCACUCGGAAAUUCUCUGGGCUCUCAACCCCAGUAACAAUAUCACGGAAGCCUUAAGGCGAUAUGGCGUGUCCGACUCCUCCACCGCCAUUUUCGUCGUGCGGAUAGCGUCCCCCGAGCUACACGAUGUCGAUGAACUCAUGAAAGCCGUCGUCUCGGGAGAUAUUUCACCACUGAGUGCGCUCGACGGAAUCACAGAUUGGACUAGUGUCAAGAAGUACAACAAACUGAACAGCGAUCCUGCGAUCAAGAUAGCAGCAGGCAAGGAUGGUGUUCAGGAACGCAGAGUGAUCGACGAGAUCGUCUUAAGUAUGGUCGCCAUGAAGAGCGUGAUGGGGUAG